AUGGGUGACUUCAACACCAUUGUCAGUAUCAAUGAAAAAAAUGGAGGCUCUAACAGACUCACUCCUGCAAUAACAGAAUUCAGAGAUUGCCUUCUUGAAGCUGAAUUGGUGGAUCUGAGAUACAAGGGUAUCUUCUUCACAUGGAAUAAUCAAAGUUUUGGUGAGGCUUGCAGUGCUAAAAAAUUGGAUAGAGUGCUUGCCAACUCCUUCUGGCACUCUAUCUUCCCCCAAUUAGAGUGUACUUUUUUGCCACAAGGAGGCUCUGAUCACAAUCCCAUGGUUGUUAAGCUCACCAUUACACUGAACCCUCACAAAGCUAUCCCAUUCAAAUUUUUCAAUGCUUGGUGCUUUCACCCUCACUUUUUCUCCAUUGUUGACAAGCAAUGGAAGACCUUUAUCCAUGGUACUUCAAUGUUUCAAGCUAUCCAAAAACUUAAAUCCCUGAAGCAGCCACUCAGAGAUGAAUAUAGGGAUAAGUUCUCUAACCUGAAAGAGAAAAUUUCCAAGGUUAAGUUGGAAUUGGACAGAUGCCAAGCUGAACUUGAUCACAAAACCUUUGAUGCUGACCUCAGAAACUUAAAAAAGACUCUUUCAGCAGAACAUUCCAGGCUCCUAUUGGCUGAGGAAGAUGUAAUUAGGCAGAAAUCAAGGAUCACCUGGCUCAAGCUUGGUGAUUCCAACACAUCUUACUUCCACAAGUCAUUUCUUUCAAGGUCUAACUCUAAAAGGAUUUUGAGCCUCACCUCCACCACAGGUGAACCUAUUACCACCCCUGAAGGUAUAAAAGCUGAAGCACUUGCAUUCUUCAAGCACCUUCUAGGUGAGAAUCCUCCUCCCCAGCAUGGUCAAGAGAUCCUGGGCCCCUUUAUCACCAAAACUAUCCUUCCACAACACAUCCCACUCCUUGAAUCCAUCCCCACUGAUCUUGAAAUCAAACAAUGCAUCUUCUCAAUGAGCAAAGAUAAAGCUCCGGGACCAGAUGGUUUCAAUGCCUAUUUUUUCCAUUAA